AUGAAAAGUUAUGUUCUUAGUUGGCAGUUACUCGUCGCUGCUAUAUCAUUGACUCUGACAGGCAGAAGUACAAGUGAUAAUUACCGCCUUAGUAGAAGUGUAUUGCCAUCUUUCUACAACUUAACCAUUAACAUCCAAGCAGAAAGGUAUGCAACAUUGAGCUCCUCAUUUAUCGGCGAAGUCGCGAUUACUUUACAAACUAAUCAAAGUGAUAUUUACGAAAUAACACUUCACAAGGACUACCUUUACAUAUCGAGCUGUUUAGUGUACAAUAAGGAUGGUGCCUUACAGCAAAACGUAACAAUUACUUCACUAAAAUAUAAUCGGACAACACAACAGUUAACAGUGCCUCUGUUAGAGGCAUUGACUGUGAAUGAGAACUAUAUUCUGUAUUUCAAAUACACUGGCUACGUUAGAACAGAUGAGACAGGUUUGUUUUUACAAUCUUACGAAGUCAACAAAUAUCACAAAGUUUACAUAACACAACUGGAGCCUGUGUAUGCGCGAGUCGUAUUUCCUUGCUUCGAUGAACCUACAUUUAAGGCAAAGUUUCAACUUCAUCUUGCUCGACCAAGUGAAUAUAAUGCCGCCAGUAACACCAGAUUGAUAAGAACAACAAAAGAAGGAAAUUACAAUGUGGAUCAUUUUGAUGUUACACCAAUUAUGUCUACAUAUCUAUUGGCCUUUGUAAUAUCCGAGUACCAAGCUCGAGGCAAUCUCAGUGAAUUUGCCAUUUUAUCUGCGCCUGAAUAUUAUAAUUACACAGAGUUUAGUUUCAAUGUUGGAGAACGCGUGAUAGCUGCCUACAACGAACUGUUUCCAAUGCCUUAUAAACAACUGGGAAAUAAAGUCCUGCAAUUUGCAACUAAGCCUUGGUCCUUCGACAAUGCCAUGGAGAAUUGGGGCCUUAUUAUUUUUAGUGAAGAAAUGCUAAUCCAUAGACCUGGCUACACUGACGGUCUCAAAAACAAGGAGUUUACAAUUCGAAUGAUUGCACAUGAAAUAGCUCAUAUGUGGUUUGGAAAUAGUGUUACCUUAUCCUGGUGGAGUCAUUUCUGGUUAAAUGAAGGCUUUGCUCGAUUUUACGAGAUCUUUAUGACCGAUCAGAUCUACCACUAUAAAUAUCACAUGGAAGAACAGUUUGUUGUAGAUUUUCUUCAGCGAAUCCUUGAAAAGGAUGCAGUGGCUGCUUCUUUGCCCUUAACUAGUCCCGAGAUAACCAUACAAUCUUUUGAUGAAAUCGACACGCAGGCCAACUUCUUUGCAUAUGAAAAGGGUGCCAGCAUCAUUCGAAUGUGGCGAAGUUUAAUGGGAAGCGACAACUUUAACAAAUCUAUCAACAGUUACCUGAAGCAAUAUCAUUUUAAAAACACAAAUCCCAACGAUGUGUUCGCUCAUCUCAAGCAAAAUUGGCCAUCUCAGCCUGAAGUUGAUUUGGAUACGUUCUUUUCAGACUUUACGGAGCAGGUGGGCUACCCAAUGGUCAUUGUGAAUAUCACCCAGGAUAACCAAAAAAUAAUCCUACACCAAAAACGUUUUCUAUAUGAUUAUACAGACGGUAGUGAUGCCACUUUACGUUACACCAUUCCAAUUACCUUCACAACGAAUCUGGAUCAAAGCUUUUAUAAUCUGACACCUUACACGUACUUCAAAAAGAAUGAGACUACAGUUGAAAUUUCUUUUGAAAAUCCCAUUGAAUGGAUUAUCUUAAACCAAAAGCAAUCCAACUACUAUCGAGUUUUCUACGAUAAACCAAUUCUCACCCAAAUUAAACAAUUAUUCUCCACAUCUAGAAGCCGACGUAUCCCAGCUACGACUAAGGCACAAAUCAUUGAUGAUCUCUUUAACUUUGCAUACGCUGGAAUGAUCGAUUAUGCAGAUGUCUUCGAAUACUUAGAAUAUUUGAGAUACGAAUUCGAUUAUGUUCCCUGGAGCGCAGCUUACCACGAUAUGGAGAGAGUAGUUCAGCGAUUAACCCCACAACAGCUGCCUUAUUUUGAGAAAUACCUUACAAAUAUUACAACUGGGAUUUUUAAUGAACUAUCAGCAAAAUCAAGCAGCUCUGAUAGCGUGAUGGAUGUCUAUAAUCGAGUCUUGCAUGUAUCAUGGCUGUGUAAAUACCAGAAUACCAAUUGUAAUAAGCAAGUGGAACUUCUUUUUCUGGGAAAUCUUGAAAAGCCAUCCCCAGACUAUCGAAAGACAUUUUACUGUGCAGUUUCACGAACGGAUGCUCAUGCUCGCCUGUGGGAGUUAUAUAAUAAUGAGAUCGAUUCUGAUGAUAAGAAUCUAAUAUUACGAUCUAUUAGCUGUUCAAGGGACUAUAGAACAUAUAUCAAGCUCGAAUUAUUCCAUUUAAUACCUUAUUCCAAACAACCAAAAUACUUGAAAGAGAUCUAUCAACAAAAUCCUGAUUUAAUUGAUCCCAUAUUUUCUAUGAUAAGUGAGAACAUCGAUGCGUUUGUUCCCAGAUUGGGCAAGUAUGAGAUGAUCGAAGUCCUAAGUGAUAUGGUUGAUUACUUUACGACCCGGGAGCAAGAAGAGCAGUUCACAAUCUUUAUGGACAGAAACAUUCACAGAUUUGGUGAAUCGGCAGUAAAUCAAAAAAAAAUAGGUUUUUGACAACAAUACGAAAAAAUCUGGAAUGGGCAGAGCAGAGAUUGGGCAAGUUAGCCAACUAUCUGAAAAAAUGGAAUUAGAUAGUUGGAACUGUCCAGGUGUUUAAGAAAAUUUGAUUGAUUGUCCAAUAUUAUGUACUAAUUAAUGAUGAA